AGUUGAGGCAACAGUUUCAAACCAAACUUUAAGAAGUUCACAUCGAACAAAAAUCUUCUUCCAGAAUAAGAGAUCGCUCGCUCUGCGCAAAUAGAAAUCAAUUUUAUUUUUUAACAUCAUUCAAAAUAAUUUUUUUAUUCGUUCUACUUUAAUAAAAAAAAAAUUAAAAAAUAAUCAAAAUGACUGGAUACUCAAACGGAAACGGCGUUAUAACUGCAAAGAAAGCAACUAAUGGCGCCACAGGAAAUGGCAACUCCAGCGGAACAUAUACUGCAACCGAAAAUGCAUUACAAGAAGCCCAACAACAACAACAACAGCCAAUUUCACCCGUCGACCAAACUCUACUCGUUUUAAACGAAGAAAACUACUCCUAUGAGAUUAUUCAAGAAAUUGCCGAUUACCUCAAAGCUCGCACUGACAUCUGUCCCAAAAUCGGAAUCAUCUGUGGAUCAGGACUAAACUCUCUGGCUGAUCACCUCGUCGAUACAUGUGCCUUCGAAUAUGAGAACAUUCCUAAUUUCCCAUUGUCCACUGUGGAGGGACAUGUUGGACGCCUGGUCUUUGGCUAUUUGGAAGGCUUGCCUGUGGUGUGCAUGCAAGGUCGUUUCCACUUCUACGAAGGAUACCCUCUGGCCAAAUGCUCAAUGCCAGUUCGUGUCAUGAAACUCAUGGGUGUAAGCUAUCUCAUUGCCACAAAUGCUGCCGGAGGCCUUAAUCCAAAAUUCAAAGUCGGUGACCUCAUGAUCGUGAGGGACCAUAUCAACAUCAUGGGAUUCGCCGGGAACAAUCCUCUCCAGGGACCAAAUGAUCCUCGAUUCGGACCCCGUUUUCCACCCAUGACCAAUGCCUACGACUCGAGGCUUGUUAAGAAAGCUCGUAAAAUCGUCAAAGAAAUGGGCGUACAAAACGAUGUCCACGAAGGAGUCUACACUUGUCUGGGAGGACCCAACUACGAAUCGGUAGCUGAAUUGAAGAUGCUUCGGACCAUGGGAGUUGAUGCUGUGGGCAUGUCCACAGUUCAUGAAGUUAUUACCGCACGUCACUGUGAUAUGACCGUAUUCGCCUUCAGUUUGAUCACCAACAAAUGCGCCACUGACUACAAUAGCAGCGAUGAUGAAGCGAACCACGAGGAAGUCGUGAUGGUCGGAAAGAAACGUCAGAAUACCUGUGGAGAAGUUGUAUGUCGCAUGGUCAAGGCCAUCGGAGAAGAUCUAAACAAUCAAAAUGAAUGAAAACAAAAUUCGUAGACUUUUACGAGUGUUUGAAAAUAUUAUUGCGCUAUACGAGUUUCGUACUUUCGUUGUUUGUAGAAAUUGUAACUAACUUUUAAGUUUUUAGUCUUCUAGUAACUUAGAAUUAGUAGAAUAGGAAUUAUUCAUAAA